CGGAGGCGCUCUUAGGCUGCGGGUCCAAGGUCUCUGUUCCCCUCGCCCUCCCCCUCUCGGAGUGUGCGUGUGGGGGGAGCGUGGAGGGUGAAUCCAGCCCCCAGCGCCACCAAACAGGUGUCUCGGAGUCGCCGCCGGGGCUGGGGAAGUGCGGGCUCCGGAGGGAGGCACGAGGCACUUCCUGCUCCCCGCGCCUCUGCGAACUGCCAUUGGGGCCGCCUGCCCUCCGGGCCGCUAUUUUGUUGACAAGUAGCCUCCUCUGGGUCGUGGAUUCUUCCCUUUUGCCCUCUCGCUCGCCUCGUUUCCUCGCGCGCUGCCUGCCGUCGGGUGGCGACGGUGAGGCGCCGACUGCGCUGGAGGAUCGUGCGGCUGGACCAUUUAGCGGUCCUGCCCCGCGGGUCCCGCCCCGCCCCCGCGGACCGGCGGGCACUCAGGUGUGGGCACCUUCCGUGAAAGCCGCCGGGCAGCCUCACCGCCCCAGCGCCCAGCGAGCCGGCGCCUUACGCAGGUGUCGGGGGACUUCCUUGGGGCUCUCUUGGAUCAUCAGAAAUACAUUUUCGGGAAAUGGCCUCUAAAUCUUGGCUGAAUUUUUUAACCUUCCUCUGUGGAUCAGCAGUCGGAUUUGUUUUAUGUUCUCAGCUACUUAGUAUUUUCUUGGGUGAACAGAGUGACAUCCAGCCUAAUAUUCUUCACAAUGAUCCUCAUGCUAGGCAUUCAGAUGAUAAUGGACAGAAUCAUCUGGAAGGACAGAUAAACUUUGGUGCAGAUGCUAGCCAACAUAAAGAUGAGAACACAGACAUCGCUGAAAACCUCUAUCAGAAGGUUAAAAUUCUUUGCUGGGUAAUGACAGGGCCUCAAAAUCUAGAGAAAAAGGCCAAACAUGUCAAAGCUACAUGGGCCCAGCGUUGUAACAAGGUGUUAUUUAUGAGUUCAGAAGAAAAUAAAGACUUCCCUGCUGUGGGAUUAAACACCAGAGAAGGCAGAGACCAACUGUACUGGAAAACAAUUAAAGCUUUUCAGUAUGUUCAUGAUCAUUAUUUAGAAGAUGCCGAUUGGUUUUUGAAAGCAGAUGAUGAUACAUAUGUUAUACUAGAUAACUUGAGAUGGCUUCUCUCAAAAUACAACCCUGAAGAACCCAUUUACUUUGGGAGAAGAUUUAAGCCCUAUGUAAAGCAGGGCUACAUGAGCGGAGGUGCAGGGUAUGUACUGAGUAAAGAAGCCUUGAAGAGAUUUGUUGAUGGAUUUAAAACAGACAGAUGUACACAUAGUUCCUCCAUCGAAGAUUUAGCCCUGGGGAGAUGCAUGGAAAUUGUAAAUGUAGAAGCAGGAGAUUCCAGAGACACCACUGGAAAAGAAACUUUUCAUCCCUUUGUACCAGAACACCACUUAAUCAAGGGGUAUCUGCCUAGAACCUUUUGGUACUGGAAUUAUAACUAUUAUCCUCCUGUAGAGGGUCCUGGUUGCUGUUCUGAUCUUGCAGUUUCUUUUCACUAUGUUGAUCCUACAACUAUGUAUGAGUUAGAAUACCUCGUUUAUCAUCUUCGUCCAUAUGGUUAUUUAUACAGAUAUCAACCUGCCUUACCUGAAAAGAUGCUAAAGGAAAUAAGUCAAGUAUACAAAAAUGAAGAUCCGAAAGUAAAUUGAGAACUCUUGAAAGAAAAACAUAACAGGUGUAAAAUGUCUAGCACUGCACUGAAGAACUCCAUUUCUGAUGUAGAACACUGGAAUCCCAGUGAGGAAUUCUAAGUGAACAUUCCAUAUUAGAAAUAUUUCAUAUGAAUGACUGUAAACUGAAGCUUUAAAUGAGCUGUGAAUCUGUUAAAAUGUGUUUUGAUACAGAUAGAUAGAUAUAUAUAUAUGAAAAACUUGUGUUUUUAAAAUGUGGCCAGGCAAGAGUUCCCUGGUGGCUCAGUAGGUUAAAGAUCAAGCAUUGUCGCUGUUCUGACAUGGGUUUGAUCCCUGGCACAGGAACUUCCACUUGCCUUGGACAUGGCCAAAAUAAAAUAAAUAAAUAGAAUAAAAUAAACUCUGGCCAGGCAGAGGGACUAGAAAAAGAGGUUCUGUUGCCUGGUUCCUGACCACAUAAAUUAUUUUCACUGAGGAACAGUUAAAUUUACUAAAACUACACUGCACUAUGUUAGUAAUCCACACACAAUGCUAAAUAGAUCUGCCUUAAAAAAUUUUAGAAGGAAACAUUGUUGCCCAGUGUUGUUUGGAAACUCAAAAUUUAUAUUUGCAGUAUGAUAUAAAUUGAAGCAAACUCUCCCCCCAACCCAUACACAUGCAGGUUGUUUUUUUUUUUUUCUUUGUUUUUUGCUUUUUUAGGGCCACGCAUGCAACAUAUGAAGUUCCCAGGCUAGGGGUUGAAUAGGAGCUGCAGC